AUGACGCUCAGGCCGAACGAUAAGGAAGAAAAAAAACAAAAUCGCCGGAACCGCUACAAGAAGACCGUGAACGGCGAUGAAGGUCGCCGGAGGAGAGAAGAUGAGAUGAUCGAGAUUCGCAAGAACAAAAGAGAAGAGAACUUGUCCAAGAAGCGCCGUGACGUCGGAAAUCAGGCCGCCGCCGACGAUGAUCAGAAACGCCGCGAUCGGCUCCAGAGGCAGCUACAGCUUCUUCCGUCAAUGGUGGAGGGAAUCCGUUCACAAGACAUAGGUUUACAGUUUGAAGCCACAACCCAAAUCAAGAAGCUCCUAGCAAUCGAACGCAAUCCACAUAUUGAUGAAGUUAUCGGAUCAGGACUUGUUCCCUGGCUUGUUAAGUUUCUGGAAAGAGAUGAUUUUCCUCUGCUUCAGUUUCAUGCCGCUUGGGCUCUUACGAAUAUUGCAUCGGGAACUUCUCGACACACAAAAGUUGUGAUCGACCAGGGCGCCAUCCCGAUGUUUGUAAGAUUGCUCGGUUCUCCAGACAAUGAUGUCCGUGAACAGGUUGUUUGGGCUUUAGGCAAUGUCGCCGGGGAUUCUUCAAAAUGCCGUGAUUUCGUCCUCGGCCACGGCGCCUUACCGGGUUUGUUGUCCCAGUUCAAUGAGAAAUCUGCGCUGUCCAUGUUGAGGAAUGCAACUUGGACAUUGUCAAACUUUUGCAGAGGAAAACCACAACCUGAUUUCGAGCAAGUAAAAGUCGUAAUGCCCUAUUUAGCUCAACUUAUACAUACCAAUGAUGUAGAAGUUAUAACCGAUGCUUGUUGGGCGCUUUCCUAUCUCUCUGAUGGGAAGAAUGCCAGAAUCCAAGCGAUUAUUGACGCCGGAGUUUGCCCUCGUCUUGUUCAGCUUCUCCUUACUGACUCGGCGCCUAUUCUGGUUCCGGCAUUGCGUACAGUUGGUAACAUUGUUUCUGGUAAAGAUAUUCAGACUCAGACUAUCAUUGACUAUCAAGGACUUCCUUGUCUUCUGAAUUUGUUGACCCAAAAUCCUAAAAAGAGUAUAACGAAAGAAGCUUGUUGGGCAAUCUCGAAUAUCACUGCUGGAAGCAAGGAGCUGAUUCAGGCGGUGAUUGAUGUCGGAAUUUUUCGUCCACUGGUUGGAUUGUGUUUGAAUGGCGAUUUUGUGAUAAAGAAGGAAGCUGCUUGGGCUAUUUCCAAUGCUACUUGUGGGGGAAGUCAUGACCAGAUUAGAUCAUUGGUGAACCAGGGUUGCAUAAAGCCCUUGUGUGAUCUUUUGGUUUGUCCCGACCCGAAAGUAAUCAUUGUGUGCUUGGAAGCUUUGGAAAACAUUUUGAAGGUUGGAGAAGUGGAGAAAGAUCUUGGAAACACUAAUGAUAUAAAUAUCUGUGCUCAGAUGAUUGAUGAAGCUGAUGGUGUGGAAAAGAUUGAAAACCUCCAAACCCAUGAUAACACUGAAGUCUAUGAAAUGGCUGUGAAGAUUCUUGAAACAUAUUGGUUAGAGGAGGGGCAGGAGGAACAGGUGCCUUCAGGUGGCCCUUCGUUGACACAGCCACCUGGAUUCGGCUUCGGGAACGGUCAUGCUCCAGCUGCUCCAUCUGGAGGAUUCAAGUUCGGAUGA